UCUCCGUUGCUAUGGGAACUGGACACCCCCGAAGAAGAGAUCGUGUGUCAUGGGUUGUCAAUUAGCUUGAAGCUACACGGACAUAAACACGGUGUAUAAAUCAGUUAAAUGUAGCGAGGUUACACUGUUCAAAGAGUAAAUUCACCCAGAGAGUUGUAGGCUGUAGAAGCAGCUGCUUGAGGAAGAUGAGUCCGACGCAGUGGGAGCUCCCGCCGGAGCUGUGCUGCAGACCCAUGGCCUUUGUGGCUCUGACAGGCCUCGACGUGGUCUACAAUGCCGUCCAUCGUGCCAUCUGGGACGCCUUCUGUGCCAACCGACGGGCUGACAGAGUGCCCAUUUCAUUUAAAGUGCUGCCGGGAGACCACGAAUACCCAAAGUGCAGAACCAAGAGAACCUCCUACGAGUGGUACAUCCCUAAAGGUAUCCUGAAGACAGGCUGGAUGAAUAAGCACCUGAACCUCGUGCCUGCACUGGUGGUGCUCUUCUACGAGCUGGACUGGGACGACGCUCAGUGGAAGGAGAAGCAGUCCGAGUGCGCCACUAAAGUAGAGAUUGUCAGGACAAGUCUGCAGGGCAGAAACACUAAAGUUGCUGUUGUUUUAAUUCAAAAGAAAACUCCGCUUCCCCCUGGUGAGGACGUGGUGGCGUCGGAGAGAGCCGCGGCUCUGUGUAAUGCCUGCGAUCUCUCAGCAAAGUCCCUGUUUGUCCUCCCUCACACCGAUCACCUGGUGGGCUACAUCAUCAGGUUGGAGAACGCGUUUUACGAGCACGCUCAGACCUACUACUAUAACGAGAUACGGAGAGUGAAGUCUCACAAAGAGUUCCUCAAUAAAACCACUCAUCAGCUGCUGUUUGUGAGGCACCAGUUUAAAACUGGUUUCUUCAGCGAGCUCAAACAGGACACACAGAAUGCUCUCAAAUACUAUAAAACAGCAUACAGUCUCAUCCACGAGCUUCGAGCCCAUGAGACCAACAUGCUGGAGAUCAAGACUUUGGCUGGGUUCAUCAAUUAUAAGAUCUGCAGGCUGUGUUUUCAGCACAACACCCCUCUGGAUGCCAUCGCUCAGUUCAGGAAGCACAUUGACUUGUGCAAGAAGAAGAUUGGGAGCGCUGAGCUGGCUUUCGAACACACCGCCUGGAUGUCUAAGCAAUUCCAGUCAUUCGGUGAUCUGUUCGAUGAGGCGAUUAAACUGGGCCUCACAGCGAUACAGACCCAGAACCCAGGCUUUUACUACCAGCAGGCUGCGUGUUACGCCCAGGAGCGCAAGCAGCAAGCCACCCAGCUCUGUAGCCAUGAGCCCAGCGUGAGUUUUCCCACACCGGACCCUCUGGAGACGAACUCCGGAGCUCUGGAUUUUUAUGGACAGAGACCAUGGAGACAAGGCCAUCAGAGUAUUGAUCCACCUGAUGCAGAGAAAGAAAAACAGGGCAUUCUCGCUCUCCAGCUGAAGGAGAGGGACGUACUGCAUUCGGAGCUGAUCAUCGCAUUGCUCAGUAAUGCCGUUGCACAAUUUAAGAAGUACAAGUGUCCUCGCAUGAAGAGCCAUCUGAUGGUCCAGAUGGGUGAGGAGUAUUACAACGCCAAGGAUUACACUAAAGCUUUAAAACUGCUGGACUACGUGAUGUGUGACUAUCGUACUGAACGCUGGUGGACUCUGCUCACCUCCAUCUUGUGCACGGCACUGAAGUGCUCGUACCUGAUGGGCCACAUUAAAGACUACAUCACCUACUCAAUGGAGCUGGUGGGCAGAGCUUCUACUCUGCGUGAAGAUCAAAAGUCCAGGAUUGAGAAGAACUUGAUCAGAGUGCUUAUGAAUGAGGUUCCUGAGCCAGAGCCGGAGUGUGACCCAGGCUCUGUAAAGGCUGCUCAGGUGCUGUGGAGUGACCGCGUCUCGCUGGCCAGCAAUAAUGAGUUCACCGUCGAGGUGCAGGACUAUGUGCCCUUCAUCCAAUGCAAGGCCAAGUUCCUGUCUCCCAGCUUUCAUGUAGACGAGCCUGUCCAGCUACAUGUGUACUUAAGAGCAGACUGUCCCCAUCCUGUCCGCUUCGCCAAGCUGUGCGUCAGCCUCAGCAACCAGGAGUAUAACCAGUUCUGCCUGGUGGAAGAGGCAUGCAAAGGAAAGGACAUCUUAGAAACAUCCUCACAGCAGAACAUGUGUCUCGUUCCUGGAAAGGCCAGGAAGUACUGCUUCAAAUUCGUGGCCAAGACUGAGGACGUUGGAAGAAAGAUCGAGAUCACACACGUGGACCUGAUGCUGGGCAGCGAGAGUGGCCGCUGUGUGUAUCUGAACUGGAGGGGAGGAGGUGGUGAUGCUGCAUCUACCCAUGAGGCUUUGCAGGCGUCCCGCUCUUUUAAGAGGAGAACCCGUGUCCCAGAGCAGCAGGUUGACUGGGAGGCUAUUUCCAUCCAAGCUAGCACCAUGAUCAUAUCCCGAGUCCCCAGAAUCUCUGUACAGCUGCAUCACGAUUCCCCAGCCCUGACCAAUGAGAUGUACUGCAUGACCGUCACCAUCCAAUCAGAGGAAGAUACGGUGGCCAAAGACGUCAGUCUCACUGCAGGCCUCAAGCCAGGUCAGGAUGCAAAUCUCACACAAAUGACCUACGUUACACUGAAUAGCUCAGAGGUGUGCGAUGAAGCACAUCCCGCCUUGCUAACUGAUAUUUCUAUUGGAGAGCUGCAGCCAGGGCAGAAGAUUGAGAAGAAGCUGUACAUUCGCUGUGUGAGCACAGGAUCCAGAAUCUUCUUGUUUCAUGUGUCUUAUGCUAUGAGCACCACGGUGGAGGGUAAAGACAUCACAUGCAGGUGUCACAAGGAUGAAACCGUGACCAUAGAUACAGUCGUUCCAUUUGACGUGGCUUUCAAGUUUGUGUCCACUAAGUUUGAGCACCUGGAGCGAGUGUAUGUGGACGUGCCCUUCCUGCUGAUGACAGACAUUUUGAGCGCGUCGCCAUGGCCUGUGCAUUUAGUUAGCAGUGAGCUACAGCUGGCUUCCAACAUGGCCGCCGUUGACGAGCCCCAGAGCCAGGUGGAGGGAGUGGUGCUGCAGACGGGCGAGUGUGCAAGUGAGUGCUUCAGUCUCAGAUGUCCUCCAGUUCAGAAUGGCACCAGCACUGUGGCAGCAGGACAUUACCUCAUCUCCUGGAAGAGGAAAUCUGCAUGCGCCGAGACACCGGUUGUCAAAACAAGUAUGAUCCUGCCUCACGUCAUCGUAGAGACUAUUCCUCUGUAUGUGCAUGCUGACCUGCCCUCCUUUGGUCGUGUGCGUGAGUCUCUUCCUGUGCGGUACCACAUUGAGAAUCGGACCGGGCUGGUGCAGGACGUGGAUCUGUCCGUGGAACCCAGCGAUGCCUUCAUGUUCUCCGGACUCAAACAGGUGCGGAUGAGGAUUUUGCCUGGUGCAGAGCAGGAAAUUGUGUACAAUUUCUACCCUCUGAUGGCCGGGUAUCAGAACCUGCCUGUGCUCAACAUCAACCUGCUGCGCUUCCCCAACGUCUCCAACCAGCUGCUGCGCCGUUUCCUCCCCACCCGCAUCUUCAUCAAGCCUCAGGGAAGAAACGGAGAUGCUUCUAUUGCAGCUGCCUGAGAAAUGUGCUGGUGAAGCUUCUAAUCUUAGACUUGUUUAGCUCGAUUGUCUGGAGUGAGCUGGUCCAACAUCAUAGUGAAAGAAACCCUUGAAUCCCCUGCCACUUGUAGCGAUUCCUCCCUGAGAAUUUAUACUUCAUAGCAGGAUGAAGACUGACAUUUCCCUUCUCUUAGGCUAUGAUGCAGUCUGGAAAUCCAAUAUGUGUUCAGUGUAAUGACGUUAAACAUACAGCCAGUGCAGUGUAGAUCAUGGUUGGUUUUGUUUGCUUUAUUUAAAUUUGUGCUUUAAAAAGUGUUGCUUCUGCUGCUGUUAUUAAUUAAUCUUAAUGGAUCUUGACUAAACAUUUACUAAUGUAAAUCCAACAUAUGGUAAUAAAAUAAAAUAAACAAUUAUU